AUGCCACGGCGUGAUUGCAUUGGCCUCAAAAUUGACGCUACCCAGCCUCUGUACAAGCGGGUCCAGGGCGCACUGGACGAAGUCCCUGGUGCAGCAUCUCUUCCUUCGCCCACCACAAAACAAAUCGACGAGAUAUUUGCUCCGCAUCAAACCAUCCAAGAACACAAUAUCAGCAGAUGGUACUCAGGGUGGAACACAGUCUGGUUAAGGACAUGUUACAAGCCCUCAAUGGCCCAAAGCUACGCUGAGCUCGCACGACUUUCUGGGGCUAACAUCGAGGACGGCUGCGUUGAAAGUUUGAACCAUGUUUUAGAUGAUUGUGCGCUUUAUGACUUCCAUGGACUGGAUCAGGAAGUCCUGGAUCAGCUUCUUCUUCGCAUUCCCGGACUGACCGAUGGUUUGGGUAUAAUGGACGAGUAUGGAGAUGGUAGUGAACUUGUUUAUGGAAGUGCCAUCUACCAAGUCGAGAGGGAAGAGGACGGGAGUCAUGUAGAUCGCAACAUCACAGAUCAAGAGCUGUUCGAUAUCAGAGAAGUGGCUAACCGAGUUCAGAACUAUGUGUAUGUGGCAGACGAAGAAGCUAUCGAGAAGAGCAGGGUGAAAAUAUGGUGGUUCGAUGAGUUUGGAAAGAUCAUCUGGGACAGCUACGCUGAAAUCCCAGAUUCCGAUUUGGAUGGGCUGCGCGGUGCGAUGAUGGAUGGGCAAGACUUUGUCGAAAUUGUUGGAGAAGACGGCAAAAGGGGCGGUCAAAUUGCCCGACCAUAG